AUGAUCAGAACUGUCCGACAGUCAUCAGCCUUGGGCUCCAGACUGGGUGCUCUGGUGAGUCCGGGUCUCAUCCUUCUUCUGGUCCUCACUGCCCACUGCUCUGGUCCUCAGAUGAAGGGCUUCCCUGAGGGAGAACCGACUGCCAGUGAAGCCAACACAUGGAUCAGGAACAACACCUCCCUCUUGCAGAACUUUCGGUGCUUGCCAGCCAGCCAGCUGCCCCGGGAAGAGCUCUCCACUUUACUCAGAAGCCUGGCUUCGCAGAGGACCCCUCUCAAAGCCUGGCAGCUUAGCUGCUUGGCCAACCUCGCUGCACGGCAAGGCCUUCAGGAUGACUUCAAGUUCCACCCACCCAACCUCCUACUUUUCUACAAUCUGAGCCAGGUGAGCGAAGCCAACUGCCGGGCCUUCAUUCACCAUGCUGCCCAAGGGGACACAGAACUGCUGGCCAACUUGCCCAACCAGAGAGUUGCCCUACAGCACACAGCGUUGUCCUGUCUGGGGAGACCCCACUUACAGCUCAGUGCCUCAGACCUGGGGCUUCUCGGGGUGCUGGCAUGUGAUAUGGAGGCACCCCAAAUCCUGACUUCGGACCCCCAUGUGCUGAAGAACCUGCUUCGGUGCCCAAGGCUAACUGUCAUGCAGACUACUGCCCUCAACACCCUGCUGGCCAGUGGGAAGACACAAAUUGGGCCCCCUGACUCCUGGAACUUGGAGGGACUGCAGGCCCUAGGACCUCUGGCCACCUACAUCAGCCCCCACCUGUGGGAGAAGGUGCAGGAGGCUGUGGGCUUGGACUUCUUCCGCAGUGUGGUGGCUGCUUACCGGGCAGCCCGGCUGAGCAGACAUGAUGCCAUGCGCUUCAUCACCAACUUCCUGGAGUCCAAGGCCAAUUCAGUGUCCUCAAGGCUCAAGAGGCGCACAGGGAGCACCUGUGUCCGUGGCAACAUCACAGCAGCUACCCUGCAUGAUGACCUCUUCCUGGUGCACUAUGACUGCACCCAGCUGGAGUCCUGCCUGGGUACACGUGUGCUCAGGGCCAACCUGGACCCCUUACUACAACACCCCCUGCCUGCAGAGUGCCAGCGUGUUGUCAAAGCCAAGCUUGCUCAGAUCUACCCACACGGCAUCCCUGAGGACCAGCUGCACCUCAUCACCUCGCUGGUCUACCUCUACUCCCUCGAUGAAAUAGGCCAGUGGAACAUCACAUCUGGAGACACAGUGAUGGUCCUGCUGGCCUCAGAUGCAGCUCUGGAGAACCAGACAGAGGCAGUUCUUCAGAAGUACUUGGACCAUAACGGCAAGGUUACUGGUGCUCUCCUGGUGGCCAUCGGGGGUUCCCGUCUCUGCUGGAUGAGCCUCAAGCAGAUCCAGAUCAUCCAGCCCUCAGAGUUCCGGCUGGCCGGAGCUCCAGACAUCUCUCCCUGCCCUCAAAGUCGGAAGGAUGUGCUCUUCGCCAAGGCUCGUGAGGUCUUUAGGAACACCAGUACUGUAGGAGAAUACUACUACUUAAUACGCCCCUACCUCGGUGGUGCCCCCUUGGAGGAACUUCAAUACCUGGCACAGGCCAACAUCUCCAUGGACAUUGAUACGUUCACCAACCUCAACCCCUUGACGUUGAAGAACAUGAGUGUGGACAAUGUGAGAAAUCUGUUGGGCCAGAAUGUGGGGGACCUGCAGAAGGCCCGUAACCAUCCAAAUGUUAUCCUGUGGAUGCACAGCCACAACAUGUCAGACCUGUCUGAAAUGGGCCUGGACACCAGCCCCACCCUGUCCUAUGUGACCAACAAGCCCCCUAACACUGUCUACCCACCAUCCAAUUUGAUCGAUACCUUGAAUCUUCCGGGGAAUGAUGGCAUUGCUCCUGCCUCAGGAAGCCCUCCAGUUCUUCUGGGGUGCCUAUCACUCGCUGUGGCUCUGCCUUCCAGCCUCUUGUGGCUGCUACUGGGUCAGGCACCUUCAGGACCAAUAGGCACUGCUCACAGGGCACUAGGACCCUGGACACUGCCAACGGUGUUGACCCAAAGCAGUCAGACCCCUGAACAUCAGAUACAGGAGCAACAGAGCUGCUAAAUGGAACAAGACACCCACCCAGGGGACCUGCUGUGUUCCCCAUCCUAGGAGACUGGCUUGUACACACCUCAGCUCUGAGGACCUGGGCCCAUAGGAGAUAGGUCCUACCCAGCUACAAGAACAGGUUGGUAGGAAGAGACAGGAUCCAGAUCUUGUGGCCUAUUCCAAGACAAGUAGGACUUGGUGUCACUUCAAUGUCACUGCCCUCACUCGUGGAUCUGAAUAAAGUACAAGGCUACCGUA